UUGAGGAGGUGGCCAUGGCAUUUUCUGCUUUUUUUGGCGGGGAGGCAGCACGGGCCACGUGCAGCAGGGGGAAGCGACGGCGCGGAAGUUGAGGCGUGGGGCUGCCCCUCUUUCCCUCCCCUCUGGCCUUCCCAGCCCCGAAGGGGGAGUGUGAAAUCCCCCCUGGGCUGAGGGGCUGGCUAUAAAACAGCCCUGGCCUGGCUCGGGGUGGGCGGCGAGGAUGCGGCUGCUGCCGGCGGGGCUGGCCCUGCUGCUGCUGCUGCUCCUGAGCAGCUCGGUGCCGGGGGGCGGUGUGUCACUGGAGAGCCUGCUGACCAACAUGAGGUGCAAGUGCAUCAAAUCCACCGCCCACGUCAUCAACCUGGGGCUGAUCCUCACCAUCGACGUUACCCCGCCGGGCAUUCACUGCAGGAGGAAGGAGGUCAUCCUCACCCUGAAGAAGAACAGGCGGGUGUGCGUGACCCCCGAGGCGCCCUGGAUCCAGCUGCUCAUCCACAAGCUGAUGCAGAGCAGGAACAGCACCAAAAAAGCGUUGCCACGGCCGCGGCGGGAAGCACCGUGCUGCCAGACCCCUUGGAGACCCCGCACCCCACCCCUCCCACCAUCCAGAUCCAAGGAAUCCACGCUUACGACUCCCUCGUGGGACAGCAGUGACACAGCCCCCCUGCCCUGAGGCACGCUGGGUUCAGUGGCAUAGCACUGACGCUUCCUCUGCUCGCUGGGUUUUGGCAGGGGCAGGAGCCUUUCCCUGCCAUUUCCCCGCCAUUCCCCGCUGUUUCCCGCACCCAACCGCAGCCCGUCCCGGUGCCACCAA